AUGGCUGCAGAUUCGAGGGAGGUAUGUAUCUUUCGAGGACCUGUCCAGCUUCCCCCAGGAUCUACUCUCGUGUCUGAUGCGGACGAAGAGGUGUUUCUCCAAUACACGAAUCUAGCUACACAUGGACCUCUGGAUAUAACAGAUGGUUUUCGUGGCCUUGGCCAUGUCGACUCGUGCAAGGAUGUUCUAACGAUUACGUUCAAAGUGGACAUUUCAAAGGAAGGCGACGCAAAUGCAACUAUUGGCCGUAGAUCGAAGAGACGGUCGCAUCGGUCGGGAACAGAAGUCAUCGAAAAGGUCUUCGAGGUAGAACUAGCUCAGGAUAAGACCGCGUUCCGCACUCGCAAAGGGGACACCGGAAGCGUGGUAUGGCGGGCAAGUGUGGAUUUCGCGCAACUGAUACUGCGACAGUAUCAUACCCGUGAUCCUCAGGCUCUCCUUAAUCCCGCUUUUGUUUCCGAAACCCACAUCCUCGAGCUAGGAGCUGGCACCGGGCUACUGGGAAUUGUCUUUUCCUCGCUUGUGGCUCGCUAUACUGUCACAGAUAUCGAGGCCUUAGUGCCCUUGAUGCAGAAGAACCUUGAAAACAAUCUGCCGAACUUCUCCCCUCCCCCAGCCAAACAUCCUUCUCAGUCUCGGAAGCAGAUCCCGUACCGCCCCGGUGCGAUAGUGACAGCAGAAGCGUUGGACUGGCAAACUCUGCUUACGGCGUCUCCGUACCUGCGCCAUUUCAUUUGCCCGUUCGCACCUGUUGAUCUUCUCCUCGUGGUUGAUUGCAUUUACCACCCAUCCCUCCUCCCUGCAUUGCUCGCUACUAUCGACUACUUGACUAUCCCCAGCAAGACAGCCGUUCUGGUCGUGAUAGAGUUGAGGGCGGAGGAUGUUGUCCGAGAGUUUCUGGAGGGAUGGUUGAAUCUCUCUCCAAACGGACUUUGGGAGAUAUGGAGUGUACCUGAUGUGAUGGAGGGUCCGUAUGCAGUCUGGAUUGGUUGGAAGUGUUUGCCAUUAGCCGAGGGUCCCCCUUAG